AUGCCUAUCGUGUCAAUUAAAGCUCGUCAAAUUUAUGACAGUCGUGGAAACCCCACUGUUGAAGUUGAUCUGACAACUGAGAAGGGUCUGUUUCGGGCAGCUGUCCCAAGUGGGGCAUCCACCGGCAUCUAUGAAGCUGUAGAGUUGAGAGAUGGAGGCAACAACUACAUGGGAAAAGGUCAUUGUUU